AUUGAACUUUAUUUGAAGGGAACAACACUAUGUUUGGAUGUUUCUUCCAAGUACUUCAGAAUGAAUCUCACAGCAAUGAACCAAUCUGAUGGCUGUCAGGAAUAUUUCUGUCCAGAGAGAUCUGUUUCUUUAUCUGUCUAUGUGAUUCUGUAUGUGGCCGCAGCAGCUGUGGCUCUUCUGACCGUGUGUGGAAACCUGCUGGUCAUCAUCUCUGUUAGUCACUUCAAGCAGCUCCACACACCUGCUAACAUCCUCAUCCUCUCUUUGGCUGUGUCUGAUCUGCUGGUCGGAGUUUUUUUGAUGCCACUUUAUUUGUCUUGGCUCAUCGAGUCAUGUUGGAUUCCUGGACCAGUGAUGUGCUUAUUUUUUAAAUUGAUGACUUGUCAAGUAACAAGCGUGUCUGUUCACACUGUGACUCUAAUCGCAGUUGAUCGUUUUUUGGCUUUAAGUUAUCCUUUUGUUUACUCAGAGAAAAUCUCACCCACUGUGAUCUGCAUUGCCACUUUAUGUAACUGGCUGUUUUCACUCUUUUAUAACUUCACUCUUCUCUUCAUUAAUGGAAACUUCACUGAUGUCACAUGUCCAGGAGAAUGUGUUUCUAUUAUAGAUGAGGUUUCAUCCAUCAUUGAUCUCCUGGUUGUGUUUCUUGUGCCAUGUACACUCAUCAUAAUAUUAUACACUCAUGUUUUUGUCAUUGUUAAGAAACAUGUGACUGCUAUAAGAGCCCUUCAGGUUCACAACAGCACCUCUAAAAACAGAGUCAGUGACAAAUCAGAGCGAAAAGCUGCGAUUCUGCUGGGGAUUCUGGUCUUUGUGUUUCUUCUAUGUUUACUGCCAUUUUAUAUUUGUUAUUUAGUGAUUCCAUAUGACCGUACUGACUUGUUUUAUGUCAUAGAUCUUAGUGCAAUAAUUUUCUAUCUUAACUCCACCAUUAAUCCCAUCAUUUAUGCCUUAUUCUAUCCCUGGUUUCAGAAAAGCUUAAAAUUAAUUUUCACAUUUAAAGUGUUUAAUACAGACUCCUCCCUGAUGAAUGUGAUGUAAGUCAUUGAAUGUAAGACAAAACAUUUCCUCGUUUUUCCAUGUUAUUUCAGGUGUACUUUGCCUACAAGUUAAUGCCUUUCCUUCAUUUUUUUGGAUUGUUUUUAAACCUGACUGUGAAGACACGGAUGUUGUUUUCAAUCAUGCCAGUAUUGUAUUACAAUAUGAGUAGGUGAUUUUUUUUCAUUACGUCAACUCACCUGUUUCUAUAAUAAAAGGAAUUGUUGAAUAUAAUCGUAUAUAUAUACUAUAGAGUGUGUAUAUCUGUUUAUAUACUGUGUAUGUACUUAUGUAAGUGUUAGUGGCAGUAAG